AUGGCUGAAAAGUUCAAACAUGCAUUGGCAUCAGUGAAGGGUUACGCUACAAAAAAAGAUGAGCAACUGCCGACCUUCCAAUCCGAGGAAGAGCUCAAACGCCAGAAGAGGAUCAAGUUGUUUACAUAUAUUGGCAUUUUCAUUGGGUUCCAGAUCAUAGUCAUGACUGUAUUUGGUCUCACUGUCAUGAAAGUGAAGACCCCUAAGGUGAGAUUGGGCGCCACCAAUGUCCAAAACCUCAACUUUGUCCCUACCUCUCCAUCAUUCGACACAACCUUUGCAACCCAAAUCAGGAUCAAGAACACAAAUUGGGGUCCCUAUAAGUUUGAUGCAGGCACUGCAACGUUCAUGUACCAAGGUGUAGCAGUGGGGCAAGUUUCCUUUCCAAAGAGCAAGGCUGGAAUGCGUUCCACCAAAAAGAUUAAUGCUGAGGUGAGUUUGAAUUCCAAUGAAAUUCCAAGCACUUCUAAUCUUGGAAGUGAAUUGAGCAGUGGAGUACUAACGUUGACCAGCGAAGCUAAAUUGACUGGAAAAGUUGAGCUGAUGCUUAUAAUGAAAAAGAAGAAAUCCGCCACAAUGAACUGCACUAUGAAACUUGAUUUGUCCACAAAGACAAUUCAAGCUUUGGAAUGCAAAUGA